AGGGUCCGGUCCUGCGGAGACUUCUGUCACCUCUCCUUCUCUCCUAGCUGCCUCCAGGCAAACAAGCCCUUGGCCCGCCGGGCUCAUGGCUUCAGCACCGAGGACAGCGGCGGCUUCAGACACAUCCCCAAACCCCCGCACACACCAACCCCAACUCCACCCCCGCUCAGGAGCAGCGUGUUAGAGUCUCCUCCUCUUCUGAGUUCCGGGCUGUUAUAGUUAGGAUGCUUUUGAAGAUAUUGAAGUACCUUUGCCCUCCGAAUUUGGCCCAAAACUCUCCCACAGUAAUUCCAUGAGACAAGGGUAUGAUCCUCCAACACCAUUCCUCACGGCUUCCAUACACCUAAAAAGCCUCUUCUCAGAUCUCAGUUAAGCCAAUUGAGGCUUUUAAGGAUCCAGACUCUCAGAUCUUCAAAAGCCAAAGCCAGAUCCCGUGCUUCCUUCCUUUAAGCCUUCCUCAGAAUGAAAGGAGGGGCCCCAUCUGUUUCCCACGCCCCCCCCCCCGCAUCCACCUGACCUUUUUGCAUAUGGUGUUGAGACUCUGUUCAUCUGUCCCUCCACAGGCUGUCUGUUUGACCGCAAACUCUGCUCUCACCUCGAAGUCUGUAUUCAGGAUGGCUUGUUUGGACAGUGCCAGGUGGGAGUGGGGCAGGCCCGGCCCCUUUUGCAAGUCACCUCCCCAGUUCUCCAACGCUUACAAGCUGUGCUUCGACAACUCAUGUCCCAAGGUGAGGAUUGUCCUGGCAUGAUGACCUCACCCAGUAUGUGAUCUCCCAGGAGAUGGAGCGCAUCCCCAGGCUAAGACCCCCUGAGACCCGUCAGAGGGACAGAUCUGGCUUGAUGCCCAGGAGACCUGUUCCUGCUGGAGAGUUGCUUUUACAGGGCAUCCCCACAGGCUCCGCCCCUGCUGCUCAGGGGCUUCCUCGACCUCCAGUCGGUGGAGGUGGACCUGGGACCGGCUCCUCCCUGUCCUCUCUGCAAGCUGAGCUGCUGCCCUCUCUCUUGGAGCAUCUGCUGCUGCCCCCACAGCCUCCCCACCCUGCCCUGAGUUAUGAGCCUGCCUUGCUGCAGCCCUACCUGUUCCACCAGUUUGGCUCCCGAGAUGGCUCCCGAAGCUCAGAGAGCCCCCCAGGAAUGGUCAGUGUUGGGCCUCUGCCCAAGGCCGAAGCUCCUUCCCUCUUCAGCAGAACUGCCUCCAAAGGCAUGUUUGGAGCCCACCCUGGCCACUCCUAUGGGGACUUGCCAGGGCCCUCACCUGCUCAACUUUUCCAGGACUCAGGGCUGCUCUACCUGGCCCAGGAGUUGCCAGUGCCUGGCAGGGCCAGGGCACCAAUGCUGCCAGAACAAGGGAGCAGCAGUCGGGCAGAGGACUCCUCAGAGGGCUAUGAGGAGGGACUAGGGGGUCCUGGGGAAAAGUCCCCUUCUCCAGCAGAGCAGCCAGCAGACGUGACUCUGCGACUGGCCGCUGUGCUGGCGGGGUAUGGGGUGGAGCUACGACAGCUGACUCCUGAGCAGCUCUCCACCCUCUUGACCAUACUGCAGCUGCUGCCCAAGGGUUCAGGAAGAAAUCCAGGAGGAGUGGUGAAUGUUGGAGCCGAUAUCAAGAAAACAGUGGAGGAGCAAGCACAGGGUGGAGACACACCAGAGCCUCCACCUCCCAUACCCUCCCUUCCUGGACACCCCACUGCCAACCCCACCUCCAGUAAAGUCCAGCCAGUGCUGAGCCCAGGCCCCUCUGAGCCCCUCAAGGCUGCCAGUCCCUCGGCCACACUCAUCCUGCUGGAGAAGAAAAGUCCACUGGGCCAGAGCCAGCCCACAGUGGUGGGACAGCCUUCAGCUCAGCCAUCAGCAGAGGAGUACGGCUACAUCGUCACUGACCAGAAACCCCUGAGCCUGGCUGUAGGAGUGAAGCUGCUGGAGAUCCUGGCUGAGCAUGUGCACAUGUCCUCGGGCAACUUUAUCAACAUCAGUGUGGUGGGACCAGCCCUCACCUUCCGCAUCCGGCACAAUGAGCAGAACCUGUCUUUGGCAGAUGUCACCCAGCAAGCUGGGCUGGUGAAGUCUGAACUGGAAGCACAGACAGGGUUCCAGAUCUUGCAGACAGGAGUGGGACAGAGGGAGGAGGCAGCUGCAGUCCUUUUCCGACCAGCCCACAGCACCUCUCCCAUGCGCUCCGUGCUGCUUACUCUGGUGGCCCUGGCAGGUGUCGCUGGGCUGCUAGUGGCUUUGGCAGUGGCUCUGUGUGUGCGCCAGCAUUCUCGGCAGCGGGACAAGGAGCGCUUGGCAGCUCUGGGGCCUGAGGGGGCCCAUGGUGACACUACCUUUGAGUACCAGGACCUGUGCCGCCAGCACAUGGCUACAAAGUCCCUGUUCAACCGGGCAGAGGGCCCACCUGAGCCUUCACGGGUGAGCAGCGUGUCCUCGCAGUUCAGCGAUGCGGCCCAGGCCAGCCCCAGCUCCCACAGCAGCACGCCGUCCUGGUGUGAGGAGCCUGCCCAGGCCAAUAUGGACAUCUCCACAGGACAUAUGAUUCUGGCAUACAUGGAGGACCACCUGCGGAACCGGGACCGCCUGGCCAAGGAGUGGCAGGCCCUGUGCGCCUACCAAGCAGAGCCGAACACCUGUGCCAUCGCCCAAGGAGAGGGCAACAUCAAGAAGAACCGCCAUCCUGACUUCCUGCCAUAUGACCAUGCCCGCAUCAAGCUAAAGGCAGAGAGCAGCCCUUCUCGAAGUGACUACAUCAACGCCAGCCCCAUUAUUGAGCAUGACCCUCGGAUGCCAGCCUACAUAGCCACCCAGGGACCGCUGUCCCAUACCAUCGCAGACUUCUGGCAGAUGGUGUGGGAGAAUGGCUGCACUAUCAUCGUCAUGCUGACCCCACUAGUGGAGGAUGGCGUCAAGCAGUGUGACCGCUACUGGCCAGAUGAGGGCUCCUCCCUGUACCAUGUAUAUGAGGUGAACCUCGUGUCCGAACACAUCUGGUGCGAAGACUUCCUGGUGCGCAGCUUCUACUUGAAGAACGUGCAGACGCAGGAGACGCGCACGCUCACGCAGUUCCACUUCCUCAGCUGGCCGGCAGAGGGCACCCCGGCCUCCACCCGGCCGCUGCUGGAUUUCCGCAGGAAGGUGAACAAGUGUUACCGGGGCCGCUCCUGCCCCAUCAUCGUGCACUGCAGUGAUGGUGCAGGAAGGACUGGCACCUACAUCCUCAUCGACAUGGUACUGAACCGCAUGGCAAAAGGCCUUGCCCCAUCUCCAAGCUGCCCACCACAGGAUGCACCAAGCUUUCUGGGUGCUGUCCUCCUCCGGACACCCCUGAACAGCCCACAUCCCGCCCCAUCUCCAGGAGUGAAGGAGAUUGACAUUGCUGCCACCCUGGAGCAUGUCCGUGACCAGCGUCCUGGCCUCGUCCACUCUAAGGACCAGUUUGAAUUUGCCCUGACGGCUGUGGCAGAGGAGGUGAACGCCAUCCUCAAAGCCCUGCCCCAGUGAGCUCCUCAAGCCCCAGCCUUUGUUCGCUCUUGCCUGUGUGAGCAUCUAUCUGUGUACCCACUUCUCCACCCCCACCUGCCACUUUGGCUGCCCUUGGGCACACCUAGCCCUUCCAAGAGGAGUGUAAGGAAGGGGGAACAGCAAGCACAAGCCAAACCAGACUCACAUGCUGGAGCCCAGGCAGCCUAUGGAGGAACUGGCAGUGGCCAGAAGGAGAGGAGAGGAUGGGGCAGCAAAUCUGCCCAGAGCCUUCUCCUGCCCGAGUUCCCUGGCUCCUUUCCCGUGGCUCCAGAUGCUCCCCACCUGUCUGUCCCUCCCCCAGCCUACUGUGUGGACAGCUAAGGUGGGGGUACCAGCUUCCCCAUGCAGACACUGUGCCCUCCGUGCCCACACCCCAGGCCUCCUCCUGCCACGUGCCACUUAACCUCUCCCCUGGCACAAGAGAACAUUUCUAGAAAAGUCUACUUUUGUAUCAAUGUGAAUAAAGCUAGUGUGUCAUUUGUGCAACUACAACCCACA